UAUCUCAGCACAACGCACAAUCAUUUUGCCUCCAUUUCCGUCGUGAAAACAUAUUCCUCUUUCUUAUGAUUUUAAAGCCGUGUAGACCAAUGCAUUUUAAAGAAAAAAUCUCACAGGGAAAGACGUGCUAAAAGCAAACUUUGGGAAAGCAGAAAACGAACAAGAUAAAUUUUUUCGGUAAAAAGAACUACAAGGUCAAGAUGGACAAAGCAUUUCAAAAUCAGACCAAUGUAUCCUUACACAGCGAUUUUGUUGACCAAAACGAUGAAUCUGUGGAAUCCAAAAUAGCCAAGGCUGUGGCAUUUGGCAUAGUGUUUUUGGUAGCAGUACUCGGGAACUUUCUUGUUAUAGUGGCAGUCAUUCAGAAUCAGCGGAUCCAUACUGUAAUCAAUUAUCUCAUUGUCAACAUGGCCAUUGCAGAUCUGCUAUACAUCAUAAUGGUAAUGCCACCGAUGUAUAUUGAAAUUUUUAACUAUUACGACUGGGCUAUGGGCACGUAUGCUCGUGGGGUUUAUUUCUGCAAGGUUGUCCACUUUUGUCAUUACUUAUUCGUAGUGGUCUCCGUGCUGACCCUAGCGGCCAUCGCUGUUGAUCGAUUCUGUGCGAUAGUCCUUCCCCUAAAAAGAAUCGUCACUAAACAAGUCUUCUAUGUAAUAAUACCUGUUAUCUGGCUUGUGGCGUCGGGGAUGGCAGCUCCAGUUUUUUAUGCGCAAAAAAUAAUUGAAAAUUCGAAAGGAUUUUUGUCUUGUGAAGAAGACUGGUCGCCUGCUUUUGAGACUCGCAAAGCAUCAAGGGUUUACAGCGCCAUGCUCUUUGCUAUAGCGUACUGUGUUCCCUUCUUAGCCAUUACCAUCAUGUAUACAAUGAUAUGCAGAAAACUUUGGAUGCGCAAAAUUCCCGGAGAACGAGACGCCAAAUCACGGAAAGGAAUAGUGGAGUCUCGCAAGAAAGUUGUCAAAAUGCUUAUUGCAGUUGUGAUUGCAUUUGUCGUUUGUUGGUUGCCGGUACAGGUGACGACAUUUAUGUGGGAGUACAAGGAACAUUCUUUGUCAAUUCCACCCUUUGUGUAUUUCACAUGUAAAUUUCUCAUGCGCGCGCAUGCUUCUGUCAGUCCUUGCAUGUAUGCAGCCUUCAACGAGAACUACCGAACGGGCUUCAAAAAAGCUCUGACUUGUUGUCGAAAAUCGAAGAGAGACAAUUAUACAAACUCUCGUAUACAUCUCCAUAGAAAGGAAUCCGGUUCGGAAACAGGAGGAAGAAGGGGAACAGUGGUUUACUUUGCUUCAAGGAAAUAUAAUCACCCUUAUCUUGUCUAAUUAGCGCAUAUAGUCAUCAGCAAAAUAACUGGCCUAGUUAAAAUUUUUGGUGCGUAAAUGCGGGGGGCUAUAUGGCAGCUAUGACAUCAAAUCCAACAUGGUGUCUAUCACGGUCAAAUCCAAUAUGGCAGCUAUGACAUCAAAUACAACAUGGCGGCUAUGACGUCAAAUCCAAUAUGGCAGCUAUGACGUCAAAUCCAACAUGGUGUCUAUGACGUCAAACCCUAUAUGGCGGCUAUGAAUUCAGAUUCAAUAUGAUGGCUAUAAGGUCAGAUCUUAUAUGAUGGGUAUAUAACAUUUGGGUUUUUAUCUCUAUUUGCUGUUGAAGCAUUUGACAAAUACCUUGUGAUAAAAUCAUGAUACUAAUAAAAAUCAUGCCUUGAUAGGAAAAUUAAACUACUCAGUUCUUCGAAUUUAUUUUUCUAUUUUUAAUUCCUUCUAAGUUGCAUGUCUAUGAAUCGAAAUGGAUAGAUACAUCAUGCGCCUAUGUCAGUUGACGUCUAAGAUUUUUUGCACCAUCAAGUGACGGCAGUCUUGUUGAAUGGCACUAA